UGUCGAGCCGUGUCGAGCCACGGUGUCGGCAUGGUGUUGCAGGAGCCCGUCGGGGCACCGAGUCUGUCGACUGCGGCGGGAGGGGUCGGUGAUGCCGUCGCCGAGGUACGGCUGUCCCGGCUUCGCUGGGCCGUGCUGCUGCUCUUCAGCAGCUACUCCCUGUGCAACGCCUUCCAGUGGAUCCAGUACGGCAGCAUCAGCAACGUCUUCGUGAACUUCUACGACGUGAGCACCUUCGCCAUCGACUGGCUUUCCAUGAGCUACAUGCUCAUCUAUAUCCCCCUGCUCUUCCCCGUCGCCUGGCUGCUGGACAAGAGGGGUCUGCGCAUCAUCGCCCUGGCUGGCUCGGCCUUCAAUGCCAUGGGUGCCUGGGUGAAGCUGGGCAGCCUGAAGCCGCACCUCUUCCCUGUCACUGUCCUGGGACAGGUCAUCUGUGGCCUGGCCCAGGUCUUCAUCCUGGGCAUGCCCUCACGCAUCGCCUCCGUCUGGUUUGGCUCCCACGAGGUCUCCACCGCCUGCUCCAUUGCGGUCUUUGGGAAUCAGCUUGGCAUUGCUGCAGGCUUUCUGAUCCCUCCAGUUCUGAUUCCUAAUGUGGAUGAUGUGGAGAAGCUGGCCCACCACAUCAGCAUCAUGUUCUUCAUGACUGCAGGUGUGGCAUCAGCCCUGUUCAUCCUGGUCAUCAUAGUCUUCAAGGAGAAGCCCCCAAACCCUCCAAGCCAAGCUCAGGCCUCGAUCCAAUCAAGACCGACUGCAGAAUAUUCCUACGUGCAAUCAAUCCUCCGCCUGCUCCGCAAUGCCAACUUUUUGCUGCUUAUGGUCACUUAUGGUCUGAAUGUAGGUUGUUUCUACGCCUUGUCCACUUUGCUGAACCGCAUGGUGAUCCAUCACUACCCAGGGGAGGAGGUCAAUGCUGGCAGGAUUGGACUCACCAUUAUACUGUCGGGGAUGGUUGGGGCUCUGAUCUCCGGCAUCUGGUUGGACAAAACCAAAACCUACAAGCAAACAACGCUAGCUGUCUAUCUCAUGUCUCUGGUGGGAAUGAUAGCCUAUACCUUCACUCUGAGCCUAGGCCACCUCUGGGUGGUCUUUGUGACUGCUGGAUUGCUGGGGUUUUUCAUGACAGGAUACCUUCCCCUGGGCUUUGAGUUUGCUGCAGAGUUGACGUACCCAGAAUCAGAAGGAACAUCAUCAGGGCUCCUCAAUGUCUCAGCACAGAUUUUUGGUAUUGCCUUCACCAUUGGCCAAGGGCAAAUCAUGGAUCACUUUGGGACAAUGGCAGGAAACCUCUUGCUUUGUUCUGUCCUGUUCCUGGGGACCGUUAUCACAGUUUUCAUUAAGGCUGAUCUCCGAAGACAACAGGCUAAUUUGGAACAUGAACAGACAAAAGUGUCGCCAGAAGCCUACACUAUUCCCAUAGUCCUUGAGGAAUCACAGCUGUGAAAUGAAGGGGUGGCAAAGCUGAGAGAUACAGCCCCCCCCCCCCCCCCCCAUUCCUAUCUUUUCUACCUGCAUCAUCCUGUGACAUGUACCCCAUGGGGGUGGGGCAACCUCAGGACAGGAGCCCUGUGAACUGCUUGUGGAGAAUGUGAAUGAGCAAAACAAGAGGGGUGCUGUUUUUCAUGAGUUUUCGUUGCAUCUUGCUGUUUUGGUGUUUGGGAGGAAAAAUUGGGGAAAUCUGCUGUGUCCCCCCAGUCCCACCAUGUAUGCUUGGAAAAAGGACAUGCUGAGAAAAGCCAAGGUACCAGCCUAAUCCUGAGCAUGACAGUGGCACCUUGCACGUAGCUGUGACGUGAAAGGCAGCCACACCUACUCUGUGAGCAGCCCUGGAAGAGCUGGCUCUAGGGAAUCAGAGCAAUCUAGGGAUUGCUCUGCCCUGGUUCCCAUGAUGCUCUAUGUUGCACAGGUGGUAGUAGAGGCCUCAGUACAUUACCAGCAAGUGCAAAGCAGGGCACCAGCUGCUGCCAGCUCUUUUACUAUUUGGCUUCUCUAGAUGAAGCACUCUUAAUCUGGAUAAACUUCUGCUCAGAAUUCACUGGGGUUGCCCUCAUGUUCAUACAUAUUAGGAGUAAUUAAGAGACUGCCAAUAUGUCUCCUCCUAGCUCGAGACAAGGACUAGUUCUGCAAUAUAAAUCUAGCUUAUCACUACAUUAGCACAAAAGUGAGUCAAACCAGUUUCCCUGGGCUGAGGACUUCGUCUUCCUUCUUAACAAGAAAGUGCCUUUUACAUGUUUCAACAUUACAUACAAACUUCUUGUGAAGUGUUAUACUGAGAAAACCAGCCAAAGCUGUGUUGCUCUUCACAGCCAGAGAGGGGUAUGAUGGAAAUCCAGCUUUGCUCCAGUGUGGAAGCUUCCCACUUCAUAAUAGAGAACAGGAAAAGGUACCCACUUGCCAGCAUUUGUGUCUUAUAGACACUGCCCAUCUAUAUGCUGUUUAUUUUCUAAACACAACUGUAGAUCCUUUUAUCACUUCUCCAUCCUUUCCAACAUCCCUCCCCUGAUGGAGACAUCAAGUGUCCUUAUACACCUUAAAUCAUGCAGUUACUUAUGUUUUAUUUGAGGCAGGGUACAAAAGGUGUAGUGAGGUCAAAUGGUUAAAAAUACUCCUCUCUGACAAACUAUUUUUUGACAAAACAUUUUUUUGGUGAAAUUUUAAUUUUUUUUUUUAAUAUACAUUUUGAUACAGACUGUCUUGAGUUCAUGAAGUUCUUAGACAACAUUCUCAGGCAUGGUGUGAUUCACAUGGUGUGCAGGGCCAGGAGUUGGACUGUGAUCCUGAUAAAUUCCUUCUAAUUCAGCAUAUUCUAUGACUGAAGUCCUAUCUUUGAUAGGUAGACCCCCUGGCCACUGUUUGGGAUUGAGGAUGAGGGUUUAAAAUGAUUUUCAAGAGAAAUGUCAAUGUAAAAUAUUAACAUAUUUAAUAUCUUAACUAUUCAAUCAAUUAAUUUUAAAAAUAUUAUAGUAAUUAAUUAAAAUAUGAAUUUAUUAAUAUGAAAAUUAAUUAAAUUACUGAAUUUUAAACAAUUUAAUGAUUUAAUUAUUUUAUUAACAUUAAUAUACAACUGUACAAUGAAACCUGAUACAUUCAUAUUAAAUGGUUGAAAAGGAUCUAUAUGUGGCUCAUUUAAUAGCCUGAAAUGUUCUGCAGAGUAGAAAAAGCAUCUUUCUGCCCAGUGCUAUUGCUGUGUUCUUUUCCUCUCUUUGUUUUCUCUGUCUUCUGUAUGUGAAUUGUCUUUCCAGCUAGUUCCUGCUGGCUUUUUUCUGCAUUCUGUGUGCUGCCCACUUACGUUUUGGGCAUUAUUUUCUCUAGGUCUAAGGCACUUGUUCCUAUUUUCUCCACCUUCAGUAUUUAUAACUCGCUACACAGGAAGCUCCAUCCUCGCUCACAGAUGCAUAGUUUGAGUUUGCUGUCACCAGCAUGCUGCAGAAGAGUGUCAACAGCCCUUUUCAUGUGUGUUAUGUGAGCAGCC